ACGUUCCCUUCGCCACCCUUUUCCUUGUCCUCUUCCCUUCUUCUUUCUCUCUCUCUAAGCCGGCGAUCUCUCCAUCUCUCUUCUCCUCGGAUCCCGAGAACUUAUUGCCUUGGGCUAAACUCUGUAGGCGAAGGCAAAGAAGAAGGAAAGAUGCCUAAUUGGGAGCUCAAGAACUGCUGCGACCACGACCAGGUCGCCUUCAUCGUCACCAUCGGCGUCUUCACCUUCGUCAUCCUCGCCCUGUGGAGGACGGUGCUGCUCACACCUUUCAAGCUCAUCACGGUGUUCCUACACGAGACGAGUCAUGCCCUCGCCUGCAAGUUAACAUGCGGUGAUGUUGAGGGCAUACAAGUGCAUGCAAACGAGGGUGGAGUCACACAAACUCGUGGUGGCAUCUAUUGGAUCAUUUUGCCAGCUGGAUAUCUUGGCUCAUCAUUUUGGGGAAUGGUCUUCAUUCUUGCAUCUACGAAUCUUAUUACGACAAGAAUUGCAGCUGGUUGCUUUCUACUUGCAUUGGUUGUCGUGCUAUUUGUUGCCAAAAAUUGGUUGCUUCGAGGACUCUGUAUAGGUUUCAUUAUAUUUAUUGCCAUUAUUUGGCUUCUGCAAGAAACUACAAAAGUCCAUAUUCUUCGAUAUGUCAUUCUGUUUAUCGGUGUCAUGAACAGCUUAUUUUCAGUCUAUGAUAUCUAUGAUGAUUUAAUAUCUCGAAGAGUUCACUCAAGUGAUGCCGAGAAAUUUGCUGAAAUCUGUCCUUGCCCUUGCAAUGGUGUUGCAUGGGGGGUUAUUUGGGGAUUAAUAUCAUUUACAUUUCUUUGCGGAUCCAUUUACCUUGGUCUGGUUAUUCUGUCUUGAGGUUUUGUGGAUUUGUGAAGAUUCUGAUUUGCUCAGGUUUCAUCAAUUCAUGUCGAUUGAACACAUUGUUCUUAUCAGAUUGCCAUCAAAUUGGAAACAGCCUUAGAUUCUUGUGGCAUCAUCUUUUCUGGAGCUUCAGAGUCCCAGCUGCUCUGAUGCAUGUCCAUGUUGUUGCAUUGAGAAACUUGCUGAUGAGUUUCUUGACAACAUAGAUGUUUCAUUUGUGCAACACAGCAACUCAUUGUUUUCAACCUCUGUACCAACAUUUAACUAAUCUUUCAUUUGUUAUAUUUUUUUGGGCA